AAGGACGAUCGACCGGUGCUCGUCGCUAGCCGCACCCGAAGCUCACCAUCUCGACACGUCUCCUCCUCCCACGCCUCUCUCUCUCUCCUCCAUCAAGUAGAAGAAGAGUAGAAGGCUCUCUCUCUACAAGCAGAAGAACUUCUGCGAGUCCAACUGCCAGUCUCCUGCGCGCAUCACCAAGAAACCCCGACACACGAAGAGGAGCAAGAAAGCUCGGCAUGGCUGGAGCCGCGUCCCUCAACGCCGUCGCCCUCCGCGUCCCAUCCCCAUCACCCGCGUCUCGGUCACCCGGCCACGGCGUCGCUAUUCUCGCGUUCCCGGGAACCCCGCCGCCGCGCUUCCCGUCGCUGCGCGCCGCGCGCCGCGUUCUUGCGCGGGCGGCGGCGGCGGCGACGGGCGGGGACCCCGAGGACGAGUGGGGGAACGAGCCUGAGGCAGCUGCCCCCGCGGCGGCGGCGGUGGCGGAGGCGCCGGCGGUGAGCGAGGUGGCGGAGCUGAAGGCGAGGCUGAAGGAGGCGCUGUACGGGACGGAGCGGGGCCUGCGCGCGUCCAGCGAGACGCGGGCCGAGGUCGUGGAGCUCAUCACGCAGCUCGAGGCGCGCAACCCCACGCCCGCGCCCACCGAGGCGCUCACCCUCCUCAACGGCAAGUGGAUCCUCGCGUACACAUCAUUUUCACAACUGUUCCCACUGUUAGGAUCUGGAAGGUUGCCUGCGCUUGUAAUGGUGGAGGAAAUAUCACAGACAAUUGAUUCCGAGAACUUCACAGUGCAAAACUGCAUCAAGUUUUCAGGACCUUUGGCUACAACCUCAGUUUCUACCAAUGCUAAAUUUGAAGUCAGAAGCCCCAAGCGUGUGCAGAUCAAAUUUGACGAAGGCAUUAUCGGCACCCCACAGUUGACUGACUCCAUUGUGCUACCAGAGAAGUUUGAGCUCUUUGGUCAGAACAUUGACCUCACACCACUGAAAGGUAUAUUUUCUUCUAUCGAAAACGCAGCAUCGUCUGUUGCAAAGACCAUCUCUGGCCAGCCUCCACUGAAGAUACCGAUUAGGACCAACAACGCCGAAUCGUGGUUGCUCACAACCUACCUUGAUGAAGAGCUCAGGAUCUCCAGAGGCGAUGGUAGCAGCAUCUUUGUGCUGUUCAAGGAGGGAAGCACUCUUCUCAACUAGGCUUAACAUACCUUUGAGUAGAAUUUGAUGUUGAUGGCUGAAUCUUAAGUAAUUAUUCUGACAAUGUUCUUGCCUUUAUAUCACGUGUUUAGUGAUAUAUAUAUAUAUGUAUGUGCAGUUGGGUACUGCAGCUGACGUUGUAAAUGUAAUUUGUACCUUCUGUUUGUAUGGGUGUACUUAUAGUUUCUAUAAACUCCAAUCUCUAGA